UCUGGUUCCACCUCGUCUUCCUCCAGUUUUCCUCCGUCUUUGAAGGUUCUCUUCCUUUCUAGCGUCUCUGCAGCUUAGUUUUAACAUCUGUAUGGUUCGGCACACAUUGGUUGAUAUCGAAAUCCCCAGUCUGGAUUGAAAUGUCUAUUCCUGAAGGCUGUUUGUGGUUAGUUCCUUGGCACCCGUGGACAAUGCCAAACCGCAAUGUUAAAAGACUAUGUCCUGCGAGGAAAACAUGCCUCUUUCCUUCUGACGCUGACGAGACGGCGCGGAACGCUUGGGGUCAUGCCACCAAGCAUGCAGCAAUCGGACUACUGAAGACCUACUCGUCGUGGACGACGCAAUGGAAAUUGGCAAUAUUUUCCGUAUACUCUCGGAUUUCCUCAAUAUUGUGCUAUGGAUUUAUCUCCAUCAAGUCUAUUGGCGAUCUUGGCAUUUCACUAGAAUAUCGCGUAGGGCUUGACUCAUGAGACGUUACUAAUGUCUGCAUGGUAUGCGCAUGAGCGUACUGUAUCAUCGCAUCAAAAACUAGCCUUUAGGAUAUCAACAGGAAUUGAUCUACACUGCUGUGCUGCCAUUUCUCUAGGAAGACACUCUUGGAAUGAACUGCCUGCAUACAG